AUGACUUCCUCCGACAGGAUUUGUGUACUGGGUGCAGCACACGGAUGGUUUUUCAAAUACAAUACACGAGUGCAUAUUGAUAAAAUUCUCGAAGGAUUCGCCGCAAGCUGUCCAAAUUUGGAAGCACUAGAAAUUCAAUGGGAUCCGGAGACCAUCCGUUUCAGUGAUAAAAGUCGAAAGUUUAUUGAUCGAAUCAGACUGAAGUGCACGCGGCUAAAAUCAUUAACCCUGAGUGACGGUAAGUACUAUGAGAUGGUCAAAGGCAAUUUCGAACGAGCCGAAUGUCCCCGAGUGGUCCGAACUAACACCACAUACAACACAAGUAUCGUCAGUUUGCUCGAGCGGUAUCAAGAUCUUCGUUUUAAUUGA